CCCGGGGGGGCGUAAAAUGCCCAGGUCUGGCCUAGAGUGAUAAGAUUCGUUUUCUAGGCUGUGUCGUUUGAGGAAAGAGAGAAGCUUGGCGUUACGCAUUCAGCUUUGGAUGUAAAAUACUAAAGCAGCGUUUCAUUAUUUCUUCAGAGAGAAAGGAGAAUGCGAAAGGCAAGGAUGAAUUCAGUCUUCGGGAUGCCCAUUUCUCACAACGCUCCACUCACUUCUAACUUAACAGAAGAGCAAAGAAAGCAGCUCUGUGCUUUGCUGGGGAAUGUGAAAUUGACUCUUCUCUACAAAGCUUCAGUUCAUGGAUAUCAAGCUUCUGCCUUCCAUCAGCGAUGUGACCGUCAGGGACCCACUUUACUUGUAGCCUACAACCGUUCAGGCUACAUCUUUGGUGGAUACACUAGUGUAGAUUAUGCUCAAAGCGGGCAGCAAAUUGUGGAUGAUAAGGCUUUCCUGUUCCAUUUUCAUGGUGGAACUCCUGUUUGCAUUGAAAUUAACAGUGGAUGUUAUGCACGCUCUGAUGGUGCUGGAAUGCCCACCUUUGGCCAACAGUUGUACUUUUGCUACAACAAUCAGCAAGCUGUUUACAAUCAAGGAGCGAAUGCAUUUCUUGGCCCAGGGAGUAAUGCAUUCACUUUUACUCCUGCCACACUAUACGGGAAUGACACUCAGCUGAGUGAAUGUGAGGUGUACAAAGUGGAACAGAACCCUCAGGUCAGUGCAGAUCAGAAGCCAUGGAGAAAUAUUCUGUGGACAGCUGAACGAAGAGCACAGCUCAUUGAAAUGAUCAGGAAUCAUAAACCCCUCCUGACGUCUGUGAGUCAAGUCAGAAUCCUAAUGAUUGGUCCUGUAGGUGCUGGAAAAUCCAGUUUCUUCAACUCCAUCAACUCCAUCUUCAUGGGCCGCAUUACCAGCAAAGCCAUUUCAGGAUCUGCAGGCACUAGUCUCACCACACAGUUUCGCACAUAUCCAGUGAAAGACGGUCGUCAGGGAAAGCCGUUGCCAUUUGUGUUGUGUGACACCAUGGGACUUGAGGAGCAAUCAGGUGCAGGACUGGAUAUUGAGGACAUCAGCAACAUUCUUCAAGGUCACAUACCAGACCGCUAUGCAUUCAACCCCACUGCACCAUUUAAACCUCAUGAGCGAAAGACCAGACCUGCAUCUCUACAGGAGAAGAUCCACUGUGUGGUGUACGUGAUAGACGCCACCAAAAUCUCCCUCAUGUCUGACAAACUACAGGAAAAACUUGCUUCCAUUUGCAGAAAGGUGAACUCACUGGGCAUUGCUCAGAUCGUCUUGAUGACAAAAGUAGAUGAAGCAUGCCCUCUAGUGGAGAAGGACCUUCAAAGCCUUUAUGUCAGUUCCUAUAUCAAGUCAAAGGUUCAGGAGGUGAGCUCUCGGUUGGGUGUGCCGGUGUCUUGUGUGUUACCGGUGAAGAACUACAGUCAGGAGCUGGAGCUGGAGCUCAACUGUGACGUCCUGCUUCUCACCGCUCUACAGCAGAUGCUCAACUUCGCAGACGACUAUCUGGAUGAUGUUGGUCCCGUGGAGGAUUAAGUUUU